CCUGAAUUCCUGUUUUCUCCACAAAAGUAUACGCAGUCAUUCUUUCUCCUUCCCCUCAUUCCUCUGGUAUCUUCAGCCGGAAACCCUCACACACCAACACACAUUAGCUUCAUCGAAUUCACCGAUCGGCCAUCACAUCUUCACUAUGUAUAGAACGGCGUCGUCUCGGCUCCGCUCUCUCAAGGAUCGAACAGGCUACAGAGGGUUGACUAGAUAUGCGAGUACAAGUGUUGUCACAAACAAAUCACCAGCAGGUUUUUUCGGCUGGUUGACUGGUGAGAAGUCGUCUUCACUUCCACCACUAGACUUCCCGCUCGAGGGUGUUGAACUUCCAGCUUCGUUGCCAGACUAUGUUGAGCCCGGAAAGACGAAGAUAACCACUCUUCCGAAUGGUGUCAGAAUUGCAUCCGAGACAGCAGCGGAGCCUGCAGCUUCAAUAGGGCUACAUGUUGAGUGUGGCUCAAUCUACGAGUCACCAUCUUCGUAUGGGGUCACACAUCUUUUGGAGCGUAUGGCCUUCAAAAGUACAACUAACCGAAGCCACUUGCGUAUUGUGAGAGAAGUUGAAGCAAUCGGUGGGAAUGUAAACGCGUCAGCGUCUCGCGAGCAUAUGACUUACACCUACGACGCACUAAAGACCUAUGUUCCUCAAAUGGUGGAGCUUCUUAUUGACUGUGUUAGAAACCCGGCCUUUUUGGAUUGGGAGAUUAAGGAACAGCUCCAGAAGGUGAGCGCCGAGGUUACUGAAAGCUUGAAAAACCCUGAGCAUCUGCUUUUAGAGGCCGUUCAUUCAACUGGCUAUUCUGGUCCAUACGCAAAUGGUCUUCUGGCUUCAGAAUCUGCACUUAGCGGAUUGAACAGCUCUGUUUUGGAGCAGUUUGUUGCUGAAAACUACACGGCUCCUCGGAUGGUCCUUGCAGCAACAGGUGUUGACCAUGAUAAACUGUUGGAAUAUGCGGAACCACUUCUAUCUGAUCUUCCGAAAGUUUCUCGACCUUUGGAGCCGAAGGCAGUUUAUACAGGAGGGGAUUUCCGCCGUCAAGGUGAUUCAGGGACAACUCACUUCGCUCUUGCCUUUGAACUUCCUGGUGGCUGGAAUAAGGAAAAGGAUGCUGUUGCAUUGACUGUUCUUCAGAUUCUCAUGGGAGGAGGUGGAUCUUUCUCAGCUGGAGGUCCUGGAAAGGGGAUGUACUCGAGAUUAUAUCUUCGUGUCCUGAACGAGAAUCCCCAGAUUCAGUCUUUUUCUGCUUUCAACAGCAUCUACAAUCAUUCUGGAUUAUUUGGAAUUCAAGCUACCACUGGAUCCGAUUUUGCAAUUAAGGCUAUUGAUAUUGCUGUUAAAGAAUUAAUCGCAGUUGCAUCUCCUGGACAAGUUGACCAGGUACAGCUCGAUCGUGCAAAAAAGUCAACAAGGUCUGCCAUUUUGAUGAAUUUGGAAUCCAGAAUGGUUGUAGCAGACGACACUGGUAAACAGAUUUUGACGUACGGAGAGAGGAAACCCGUGGAGCAUUUCUUGAAGGCCGUUGAUGAAAUUACGGCACAAGAUAUCGCUAAGACUGCGCAAAAGAUUAUAUCUUCUCCCCUCACAAUGGCAUCUUAUGGCGAUGUUCUUCAUCUGCCAAGCUAUGAUGCGAUUAGCAGAAGGUUCCAUUCAAAAUGAAGAUCUGAUCAUGAAAAACUUUCCCUGAUGUCCUCUAUUUUUUGAAAUUUGUUGAGCUACUACAUCUUUACGACACUUCGUUGAAAAUAAGGAUAUGUUUUAGAUGAAUAAUUGGCACGAAGCGCAUAAAUGCCUUGCUUCAUUUUAUGGUUUGUAAUUUAACAUUUUUGUGGUUUUCAGAGUUUUCAUGAUCUCUGUAAUCUGUCACAAUUGUAUUUUCAACAUUCUGGAUGAAAUUUGCAUUGGGGGCAACUAUUUUGAAUACU